AUGGGCAGGGGGCACACCUGCCGACAGUGCCCAUCUGAGCACGACCGCAGCCAGGCGUGCUUCCGGUGUGGGCAGCAGGGACACAAGGCGGCGGAAUGCGCUGCCGAGCCCUGUUGCGCCAUAUGCAAAGAGAGUGGUCUGCCGGCCGACCAUGUAAUGGGGAAAGGGAGUGGAUAUUGUGAAAUAAAAUUGGUGUGGUUUUGUGUAACAACUGUCUGCGUAACUGAAGAAUUAGUGGAAUCGUUAAAAUAUACGCUAUUCCGGUCAAGUGGACGUAUUUACAUUUUUCUAAAAGGAAUGGAAGGUGACGGUACUGAAAAUUCUAAAGAUUCUAAGUCUUUUUCGGGCAUCCCUGAAGCAGUUUUUGUUGACAAUGUUGACAAAUACAUGAACUUGCCUGAGAAUUCUGGAGGCGUUGAUAAAGUACUUCGACAGUUAGAUGAACAACAUGGCAAAUAUAAAUUUAUGGAAUAUACAUUGGCUACAAAGAGGAGACGUCUUCGACAACAAAUUCCUGAUUUGGCUAGAUCACUUGAAAUGAUAGAAAAAUUGAAAACUCAAUCUGAACCCAUCGACACUCAAUUUCUACUGAGUGACCAGGUAUUUGUUAAGGCUAAUAUUUCACCAACAAAGAUAGUCUACCUUUGGCUUGGAGCAAAUGUUAUGUUGGAGUAUUCAUUAGAAGAUGCAGAGGUGUUACUUGCCUCAAAUAUGGCUACUGCAAAAAAGAACUUGGAAUGUGUGGAACAUGACUUAGACUUCCUAAGGUACUGUGAUGUAGUUCUUAUGGUGCCUUUACAAAGUUGUACUAGGGUACACAUAGCCACCUACAGUUCAAGUAUGGGUUACUUGAACUGA